AUUCCAUGUUGAUUUGAUGUAAAAAACGUUUGCCAGUAAAGUGCAUUCUCAAAUACAUGAUCACCUCAGACAAAAAUGUUCGCUUUUUUAAUAUAACCUUUACAAAUAGAUAAUCUAUGCUGCCUGUCGCCUGACAGUGAAGAAUGUGACGUAUUUUCCCCGCGACAAAUACUAAAGUGCCCGAUCAUUUACCAGCAAGAUUUAUACACAUUUUUGUCGUUUCUGGUCAAAAAUGAGAAGUUCCGGUACAUUGCAAACAUGUUGAGAGAUUCUAGCAGUGGAAGCGAUCUUCUAUAACCACCAUGUCGGACAGGACACUCCCGAGUUGGAUGUCAGUCCACAGCAGCAACGAAAAGAAUGCGCAGAAGCAGGAUCAGCCAGGAUUGUACAAAAAAAACAUACUUGAACAUGAUCUUCCGUAUCUGGAGUUUUCCGGUACUGUUGUGUACAGCCGCGAGAAAAAUGAUUGCUCAUUUCUGUCAGCAGAUUUGAGAUCCAGUCUUUUACCUGGGUCAGCGGUGGGGUUUGAUAUAGAGUGGCCACCUUCCUUCAUCAAAGGGAAGAAAAAGAAGGUUGCGGUGGUACAAUUGUGUGCUUCUGAGGAGAAAUGUUACCUCUUUCACCUUUCCUCUAUGUUGGCAUUUCCUCCUGGCCUAAAGAUGUUGUUAGAAGAUGAGGCUAUCAAGAAAGUUGGGGUGGGCAUUGAAGGAGACAUGUGGAAGCUUUUAAGCGACUUCGAUAUCAAGAUGAAGAACUUUGUGGAACUAACUGAUUUGGCAAAUGAAAAACUUAGGUGUGUGGAGAAGUGGAGUCUGGAUGGGCUAGUCAAGCACCUGUUCAAGAAGCAACUCAUGAAAGACAAGAAUGUUCGCUGUAGUCAGUGGGAUGAUUUUGAUCUCACAGAGGACCAGAAGAGAUAUGCUGCAACAGAUGCUUAUGCUGGACUGCUUAUCCAUAAGAAACUGGAGAGCAUACAUCCUGUGCCUCAAAGGAUAAUCGCUCUGAAGGAAAAACUCAUUCAAAUGGCCAGUGAAAUGAAGGACCUGGCUGACCACAUCCCUGAAGGAGUCCAUUCCAAAGAACCAACCACUAACAGUGCUGACCAAACCAUAGAGGACAUGGCUGCGAAACUGCGGUGUCUAAGAGACUUGCUGUUGGAAGACAGCAGCAAGGCAUAUGGUGUAAAGGAAGAGUCAGAUCAAGAAGUUGUUGUGAAAAAAGAAAGGAUCUCUGAUGAGCAGAUGAUGAGUUCUCACAAGCUGGAAGAGACGACUGUCUUUAAAAGAGAAUUGCCCUUAAAUCAAGACCUGAAUCAUUCAAGCACAGAUCUCUUAAAGGCUCCACAAAAUGUUUCUGGCCCAGUGGAGGAAGACAGUGAAAGGAAUUGUAAUAAUAUCCACAGAGAGUGCAUUAUGUCCCUGGAUAUCUCAGAGUAUGAACUUCAGAUGUUGGAGAUGCAGGCCAGACAAGAGGAUCUCGAAGAACAAUCUACUCUGGAAUUCCAGGACCGAAAAGCCUUGAAUGACUCCUCUGACCAGUCCUAUGUGGUUGAAAGUGAUGAGGAGCUGGAGAGCGCAAUGCUUCAGUGUGCGGAGGAGGUGGAAAGAAAAAUCCAGAAAGGCAAAGUGCUCCAAUCUGACAGAGAGAAAACCUAUCAAGCACAGUCUGCAGUCCCUGAAAAUGAAUAUGAUGAUGAAGAUGAGGGCAUUGAAGAAGAGGAGGAAGAGUUUGAUCCCUCCAUCCCAGAACCCAGCUGUGAAGAAAUAAAAUGUCUGAAAAUGUAUUUUGGCCAUUCCAGUUUCAAGCCAGUACAAUGGAAAGUGAUUUACUCGGUUGUGAAGGAGAGGAGAGAUAACCUUGUUGUCAUGGCAACCGGCUACGGGAAGAGCUUGUGCUUCCAGUUUCCCCCUGUGUACAGUGGGGGGGUCAGUGUCGUCAUCUCCCCUCUCAUCUCUCUCAUGGAGGACCAGGUGCUGCAGCUCAAAAUGUCAAACAUUCCAGCUUGUUUUCUAGGAUCUGCUCAGACCCAAAACAUUUUACCUGACCUACAGAUGGGCCAUUACCGAGUGGUGUAUAUGACGCCUGAAUUCUGCUCAGGAAGCAUAUGGCUACUGGAGCAGCUCAACAGUAACAUAGGGCUGACUCUAAUAGCAAUCGAUGAGGCCCACUGUAUAUCUGAGUGGGGCCAUGACUUCCGUGGUGCGUACAGAAGCCUGGGAAAUCUCAAGACCAAGCUUCCUGAGGUUCCCAUCUUGGCCCUGACGGCCACCGCGAGUCCCUCCAUCCGGGACGACAUCGUGCAGAGCCUGAGGCUACUCCAGCCCAUGAUCACCUGUACGACCUUUGACCGGCCCAACCUCUUCCUGGAAGUGCUCCGGAAGUCAGGGGACAUCACGCAGGACCUCAGGUCCUUCCUGGUCAAGAAGAGCAUGGGUGAUUAUGAAUUUGAAGGCCCCGCCAUAGUUUACUGUCCCUCGAGGAAGGAAGCCGAGCGGGUGUCAUCUGCGCUGUCCAAACUGGGCAUCUUGUGCGGUGUGUACCAUGCUGGCCUGAAUAUCAAGGUGAGGAGAGAAACUCAGCACCGCUUCAUGAGAGAUGAGAUCCAGUGCAUGGUCGCCACAGUUGCAUUUGGGAUGGGAAUAAACAAGGCAGAUAUUCGCAAGGUCAUCCAUUAUGGGGCCCCCAAGGAGAUGGAGUCGUACUACCAGGAGAUUGGACGUGCGGGGAGAGAUGGGUUACCCAGUGCUUGUCAUGUCUUAUGGGCGUCUGGUGACAUGGCCUUGAACAGGUUUCUCCUUAACCAAGUAAAGAGCAACAAAUUCCGGGGAUACAAGAUGAAAAUGAUGGCCAAGAUGGAGCAGUACCUCUCCUCUCCUAAGUGUAGGAGGAAACUGAUCCUUUCACACUUUGAAGAUAAACAGCUGCGGAGAGUCACAUCUGGCAUCAUGGGGACCAGCAGGUGUUGUGACAACUGCAGAUCAAGGGGUAUGGGGACCUACACCAUGCCGGACAAAGAGCCCAAGCUGCGGGAUUUCGGCAAAGAGGCGUACCAGCUCAUGAGUGCCAUCCGCGCACUGGAUGGGCGAUUCGGGCUGUCAGUGCCUAUUCUGUUCCUGCGUGGCUCUGACUCCCAGAGGCUCCCAGACAAGUACCGGUGCCACCCGCUGUUUGGGGCGGGGAGGGGUGUCUCCGAGACCUGGUGGAAAGCGCUGGGCCACCAGCUCCUCAUGGAGGAACACCUGAAAGAGAGCAAUGGCCACAGGAGGUUCUCCACCCUCUGCAAGCUCACCCCCAAGGCGAAGAAGUGGCUGAGCAAAGCGAGCGAUGAGACCAAGCGGAGCCUUUUUCUCCAGCCCAGCAGCAACAUCCUGGUUACCAGGAUCUCUGUGCCAACACGGAGUCACACUUCCCUGCCACCUGUGCCUGGUCCUCCUGAAAGCCAAUCAACAGCCUCGGUUCAGGAACAGUUGAGUAAAUAUUCCAGGCAAGAAACCAGUAAAUCCAGCAAGUCUGCUGAUUUGUCAUCUGCCAGGCCACGCCCUGGGUCUUCUCCGAAAUCGCCUGCAGCCAAAGCUCCGUCCCCAGUGCUCUCUGCCAGAGAGCAGGAACUGCAGGCUGAGCUUUAUGGCAGGCUGGUUGCUGGGCGACAGAAACUGGCCAGUGAGAAAGAUAUUCCACCGGCCAUCCUGGCCACCAAUAAGAUCCUGCUCGACAUGGCUAAGAUGAGACCGUGCACGCUGGCCAGCCUGAAGCUGGUGGACGGGGUGUCCGAGGCCAAGUCCAGCAUGCUGGCGCCCCUGCUCGCAGCCAUCAGUGACUUCUGCCAGACUCAUGGGCUCCAGGUCAAUGUGUCUGCUGGCUCUGCAGCCCAAUGCUCGGCUAAUCCCAAGCCGGUGGAGAGGGCCGUGUUCUCCUCUUUGUCAGACAGCGCCGCCAUCACCUACAGACUCUUCCAGGAGGAGGCUAAGAGCCUGAAACUGGUGUCCGAUAGCCGCAGCCUGCCCCUGGCUGUGGUGGAGUCCCACCUGCUGCAGGCCCUGAGGUCCGGCCUGCCUUUGGACACAGAGAGAGCUGGUUUGACCCCUACAGUCCGCAGUGGCAUCACCCGCGUCAUCAGCUCCCAUCACCUCAACUCCGAUCUGAGUAACAUAAAGGCCAUCCGAGCCAUGGUCCCCAGUGACAUCAGCACCUUCCUCAUUCAGCUGACUGUGCUAGAGCUAGAGAAAGAGGGGGUUUCCCAGAAUAACCCUAUGAACCCCCCUCAACAACAGCCCAACCCCCCUAAACCUGCAGAAGUGACACCUAUGGAGCUGGCCUGGAUCGAGCCAGAGGUCAAGCCACCGAGGAGGGGCCCGCGUCCUGCCCUGCCUGUGAAGGUGCAGACAAGUCCAGACUCGAAUGAGAUUGAUAUGAACGAGGAUGAGCUUUUCAGUGAGAUUUCCAUGCCAACGGGCCUGAAAGCCAGUGCUGCCCCCUGCAGUUCAGAGCCUGUUACUGCCCCAAAAACCAUGUCAAGCACUGGUGGCAUAGAGCUGGCCUCCUGGAACCAGGUAGCACUAGAUGAAGACACACAGGAGCUCUUCAGUGAUUCUCCUCCACAGAACGUGAGCCAUUCGGCAAAAAGGAAAUUGCCUGCAUUUGAUGAGCUACCAAAGAGCUCUGCUUCCACCUCCACUGGCUCAAAAAAAGCCAAGAAGAAAGGCCUUUUCAAGUGACCCCUGAAACAAAUAUUUCUCUCUGAGAAUCCUGACAGUGAAAAGAACAAGACAUAGGCUGUAACAUUCACCCAAUUAUGUUAUGUGAAUUGUGUUCACAACAGAGAAUAUGUGGCGCUAGUUUUGAGUUAUUUACAAGCAGCAGUUGGCUGGCUCUAUUUUUGCUGUUGUAGUACGCUUAGCAUACAGUAGUAUUGUACACUUCUACUUAAAAUGAUGCUGCUAUUUGUA